AUGUCUUCAUCUUCGCAAAGCAUUCAGAGAGAACCUAACGGAUUUGAUCAACGUGUGAAAAUUGAUGAAAGAUCACCAUUAAUUUCAGAAACAAAUAACACUAACCUUGGUAUUCGAUUAAAUGAUGUAAUUGAAAUAAAAACUUUUAGCGCUCGAGAAGCAAUUUAUCUUCUUAAAAAAGCAGUUCCAGCCCUUUUUGCGUUUUUGCUUCUACAAGUUCUACAAGUUACCAAUGUAUUCUUUAUAGGACAUUUGGGACAAGCUGAACUAGCUGGUCUCGCUUUAGGAACUAUGUAUGCUGCGAUUACUUGUUGGUCAUUGGGAUUUGGCGCAACGGCGGCAUUGGAUACACUUUGUCCACAAGGCUAUACGUCGGGAAACCCGAAAAUGGCUGGUAUUUACACGCAACGAGCUAUCAUCGUAAUGAUGAUUGGAUUCAUACCUAUAGGAAUUAUUUGGCUAUUAUCUGAACAAAUUUUGAUUUAUCUGGGGCAAGAUGCAGAAUUAUCGCACUAUGCUGCGUUAUAUCUACGUUAUUUACUUUUGGGAGCGCCACCAGGCCUUAUUUUUUGGUGUUUGGAAAAAUUCUUGCAAGGUCAAGGUAUCAUGAAGGCAACAACAUAUGUUCUUGCAAUGUGUUGUCCAAUAAAUAUUUUCCUUAACUAUGUUCUCAUUUGGGGGCCAUUAUCUCUUGGUUACAUCGGUGCGCCAAUUGCCACUACAAUAAUACAUUGGUUAAUGUUAUUACUUACAUUCCUUUAUAUAAAAUACAUUGAUGGAUAUGAUGCUUGGGGAGGAUGGUCACAUUUAAGUUUCAAAGAUUGGUCAUCAUUCACGAGACUUGCAUUACCAGGAAUGUUAACAUCAUGCGCAGAUUGGUGGAUUUAUGAAUUGAUCGCAUUAUGUGCGGGUUAUUUUGGAAGUGUAUCUUUAGCAAGUCAUCGAUUAAUUCUUACGAGUACGCUGUUAUUAUUUCAGAUACCACAUAGUUUGGCAGUAGCUGCAUCAAAUAGAGUUGGUAAUUUAUUAGGCGCUGGUCUACCAAACAGAGCAAUAAUAACUACAAACACGUCACUAUUGCUUGCUGUCGUCGGUGCUACAUGCAAUGCAAUGAUAUUACUUUGCUUUAAGGAUUCUAUAGGAUAUUUUUUCACACAUGACGAUGAUGUUGUAAAAAUGGUAGCAUCAAUUCUACCAUUAGCAGCUAUAUUUCAGCUUUCUGAUAGUGUUGGUAACAUAGGAAGUGGUGUUCUCCGAGGGCAAGGACGAUUAAAAAUGGUUGCUGCAAUAUUUCUUCCAGCCUUUUAUUUAAUUGGUUUACCUUUGGGUCUUAUGUUUGCAUUUAAAUUUAAUAUGGGUUUAAAAGGACUUUGGACAGGUGUUACUUGUGCUUCUAUAAGCAUGGCUAUUGGAAUAUUUUUGGCUGUAUCGACGACUGAUUGGAAUUGGGAGGUUGAAGAAUGUUGUCGAAGAGUUAAAGAUGAAUUAAUUGUUGAUGAUGCGGGUGAAUUAUAA